ACAAGCCUGAGCUUUUACAUCGUUGUUGAGCUCUUUUGUUGUCUCAAUAUUUAGCCAUUUCCCAAUCCUGGUUUCCUAUGACCUUAUGCCAUACUUGAAACUUUUCUGAAGCAUAUUAAUCUUCUAAUUGAAGACAAUCCAUUUGUUCUCUGUUACUUCAAUCUCCAGAUCAUGAAUCUUGCUCUUAACGUGUUUGUAAUUCUGUUCAUUGCGUUUCCAAGCGCUGCAUUGGCUGCUUCCAUAGUGAUUAAUGAGCAGUAUCCUUCAGAACGAGAUGCCUUGCUGCAACUGAGGGAUUCUCUAAAUUCUUCUGCAAACUUGCAUAUGAACUGGACAGGACCUCCUUGCACCAACAACCAGAGCAGAUGGUAUGGAAUUGAUUGUUGGAAUUGGCACGUGGUCGAGGUUGUCCUCGACGAGAUUCAGCUGACGGGGUCUCUUCCACCAGGCUUCCCUCAAAACAUUACUUUCUUGGUCAAACUCAGUCUUAGGAAAAAUUUCCUCUUUGGUUCCCUUCCUAAUCUUACCAAUCUUCAGUACUUGGAUUAUGUUUUCCUUUCUGAAAAUUACUUCACCGGUGAGAUUCCUUCUGAUUAUACCCAACUUUCAAAACUGACGACGCUGGAGCUGCAACAGAAUCAGUUAUCGGGGGAGAUUCCACCAUUUGAUCAACAAACCUUGAUAUCCUUCGAUGUCUCAAGCAACCAUCUUCAGGGUCAAAUUCCUCAAACAAAUAUCCUUCAGGGGUUUUCAGAGAGAUCCUAUCAACGUAACCCCGGUCUUUGUGGCAGCCCUUUGAAGAACCAGUGCCCAUCUCCACCUCCACCUCCACCUCCACCUCCUCUCACAGUUCUAUCGCCACCCCAGCCACCAACUCCCAUGGUUCUGCCACCAACUCCCUCUAUUCUACCGCCAACCCUGCCGCCACUUCCUUCCCUUGUUUCUCCAAUUCCAUCACCACAGAACAAGAAGAGAAGAAGUCUCAGAACAUGGGGUUUGGCUCUUAUUGCAGCUUCUGCAGGCUUGGUUCCUUUCUCUCUCAUUUUUAUUCUCUUGUGUUAUUACAAGAGGGUGCACAGGGAGAAAGCAGCAGAAGGACAAAGCUCAGCAGGGUUAGCAGCUGAGAAGAAAAUGUCUCCAUCCUGGGGAACGACACAGGAUCCUGAAAGAACGGUGAAGUUGGAGUUUUUUGAGAAUAAUAUACCGGUUUUUGACAUGGAUGACUUACUGAGGGCAUCAGCCGAAAUCCUAGGAAAGGGAAAACUGGGUAUUACAUACCAAGCAAGUCUAGAAUCAGGUCUUGUUGUUGCAGUGAAGAGACUGAAGAACACAAAUGGAUUGAGCAAGAAUGAAUUCAGUCAGCAAAUGCAGUUGCUGGGAAAGAUUAGACACGAUAAUCUAGCGCGAAUCAUCUCCUUCUACCAUCACAGGGAAGAAAAGCUGGUGAUCUAUGAAUUUGUGGCUAACAGUAGCAACUUGUUCCAGCUCUUGCACAAUAAGAGGGGAGUGGGAAAAGUGCCUCUGAAUUGGACCACAAGACUGUCCAUCAUCAAAGACGUAGCAAAGGGUCUCCACUUCCUCCACCAAUGCUUACCUUCUGACAAUGUUCCUCAUGCCAACCUCAAGUCCUCCAACGUCCUCAUGCAACUCAAUGGCCAAAGCUAUCAUUCCAAGCUCACAGAUUUCGGUUACUUCCCGCUACUACCUUCUCAAAAAUCUUCGGGAAAGCUAGCCAUUGCCAGGACACCUGAGUUCCAUCAAGGAAGGAAAUUGACACAUAAAGCCGACGUGUAUUGCUUUGGUAUAUUGGUGUUGGAGAUCAUAACAGGGAAGAUCGCUAGUGAGAUGACAUCGGGAGCUGAGGUAUCCAAGGAGGAUUUGUCAGAGUGGGUGAGGAUGAAGGUGGUGAAUGACAGUUGGCCGGCAGAGAUAUUGGAUGAGGAGAUAGUCUGUGCAAGAGAAUGGCAUGAUGAAAUGCUGAAGUUAACGGAGUUGGCUUUGGAGUGCGCAGAUAGUGUGCCUGAGAAACGACCCAAGAUGAGUGAGGUCUUGACAAGGAUACAAGAAAUUGAACAGACAAACUGAAUGGGUAUUGUUUUCAGAAAUGUUUUUUUCUUUCUUUCUUUCUUGAAAUUACCCAAACAUCUUUAUUGAGACUUCCAUCCAUAUUUACUUUUACUCAGAAUGCAUUUUUUUUUGGCAGUUUUUACAUAAAAACACAAAUCUCUAUUGUUCUAACUCUCUGUUUUAAUAAUUUGUAUUCAGGAAU